AUGUCCAGAAACGAGGGUCCAGCGGUCCCAGACGGGUUGCCACCAUCCCUUCCGCCAUGUGCCCUCCCCAAUCACCUACAAGACGAGCGCUUCCACUUCACGCCCGUCAAGAGCAAUCGGCCCGCGCCACGCGUCUGGGAGCGCAAGCCGUCCACCGCCUACAUGGGCCGAGCCAAGUCGCGCAAGGUGUGGAAGCGGUUCCGGUCCUCGUUCAACAGCAUGAAGCAGCUGCAGCAGUUGAUUCUGGCGGAGCAGGAGGGCGUCGACGAGGGGUUGUCUACCGAAAUCAACACGUCGCGCAGUGCCGGGCUGCUUCGCGGCGUCAAGAGGCAGUGUUUUGGGUUGGAAGACGCCCGGUCUGCCGAUGUCGCGGACAUUCGUCGUCGCUCGUUCCUAGAGACAAAGUGGGAGUCGCAGACGAUGGGGAGACGACGCAAGCUUCCUGCGAUGUAUCGAAACCUCGUGGCCGCCUCCGAACCUAUGGAUCUUGAAGAUACCACGCUUACGGCUAACGACACUGCCCCGAAGACGACCACGUCAGACGCGCAUGUCGUGCAGAAGUUCGAGGAGGACGACGAAUCCCCGAGGCUUACCCCGGACACGCCGGUUAAAAUGGCGUCCGAGUCAGCCUAUCCCCGCGCGCUACAUGGCCCGGUCAGCGGCAUGACUGCGGGCGCGUCGAACAUAAAAACCCCCACUGAUAACGGUAAAUCCGAGUUAACGUUUGAUUUCGUCGGUUCUGGACCUUCGGAGUUUGCUACGAUUACUGGGGCGGAGGCAGACGACCAGGGCGUUGACGCAGGAUUGGAGCAGUCUGAAACAGAAGAUCGCCGUUGUGAUCUCAUACAGCAGGCCAGAGCUACGGCGGCCCCUGUCCAGGCCCUGACGGCGGAACAGGAGUCGACCCUAGUGCGGUCGGCCCUCCGCAGCUCAUUGGACGGCGAGGACGCAGCGUUGCUCAACGACUUCCUGUCCAAAGCAAAGGCCAAACGCGAGGCCAAAGCUGCGGCAGCGUUGAUCGCGGAGGUUACGGCGGACGCGAACGAUAGCCGCCCGGAAGAGGAGUUGGAGGUGCCCGAGAUGCCGACCCCGCAGCCUCGUCGGGCUUUGGAGGAUCUCGACGCCAACUCCCCAUCUCCCCAGAAGGCGCAAUUGUCGCCAUCGAAGGCGUCGGACAAGAAGCCUCCCCCGGACGAUGAAGCACCGUCCAGUCCACACGCCACGGCGAGUCCGCGGCGUAGCACCCGGAACCGCCAUGCCAAAUUACCGGCCGCGAGCACCGCCGCUAAAGCCGUUCGCAACACCUUCUCGCUGCGCCGGGCGAAGGGGACCGAGUUUGUGUUUCUUCAGCGCACAGAGGCUCAGGAACUGGCAUUGACGACCCGUCGCAACACGCGGCAGAACAAGGGGGAUGCGCAGCUGCCGAAGUAUGCGCUGGUGAACAUGGCGACGCGGACGCCACCGGCGGACGAGAAGCCCAAGCGUCAGCGAUCCAAGGGUGCGAAGAAGCAGGUAUCUUGGAACGAGGAGCGUCUUGUGCAGUUUGAGGGGGAGGAUGAGGCCCGAGAUGGAGGGGACGCGCCUGCAAGUGACGUCGUCGGUCGACGAGGGGCAUCCAGGACGGCCAAAGGCGGAGCUGCCGAUAAACGAAAGGCAGCCAGUAGUCGCACCACUCGCUCGCAGGGCUCUCCGCCGACGGGUGAUGAGGGUGUCGAGGCUGCAGCGACUACUGCAGCCGCUACUGCAACCCCUCGGGCGCGGCGCGUGCGCCGGCUGGGAACAUCUGCAGCCACCCCUGCGGCCGAGAGCGCUUCGACCAGCAGCAGCAGCAGCAGCAGCAGCAGCAGUCCCACCGGGAAGCGUAAGAAGCUCAUGCCCAAGUCACCCAAGGCCAGUCUGACGGGAGUGGGCACGCCGGUGUCGAAGAAAACUGGCAGUCAUAUUCCCAUCCACGGGAAGAGCUCGUCGCUCGGCAGUAGUUCGGCGAAGAGCACGAGUCUGAUGAAGGCCCAUGCGGGCUCGACGCCGAUGCCAAGGCGCGUGCGGCCGCGAUCUUGA